UUAAUUUCUAACGCUUUAUCUAACACCAUAGCAACGAAUAAAAAAUAAUAUUAAUAUAACUUACUUGCAGCCUGCAGGCUAUAAUAAAUAACAAUAUAAAAAAUCCAGACAGACAAACCGUCUCUGCUCAGAAUCAUUUUUCUUAUACAAUGAUAUUAUAUAAUUUAAUUCAAGUUUAAUACAAUCCAUUAUACAUUGACCCACUUGUAACCUACUGUACAGCAGAGCGUCAUCCACUUACCCGCUUUUUUAUAUUUAAAUCUGUUAAAAAUGUACUUAAUUUUAAUUAUUUUAAUUACCUAUCUGAGUAUUUCUUUGUUUCUUAUAAAAUGUGUAAUAGUUUAGUACCCUUUUUAGUGUCAAAAAGAGUGGUUUUUUUAAAAUUAUUUUUUUGUCAGUAUAAUAAUAUAAUGCGUAUAAUUGCAUAGUUUACCUUAUGUAUCAUCUUCAACAACAUUUAAAUGCAUAGAAUUUCGGGCUUUAAGUACCAAUGACAUAAUGUAUUAUGUGAGGUAUUAUAUUGAUGUUUGUUUUUUAAAUUUGCAGGUAAUAUACCAGAAAAUGCAGAAUAUUAUUGAAAAAAUGAAGUGUGUAUUAGAGUUAAAAUCAAAAAUUAGUACUUCUGAAGAACAAGUAAACAAGUUACAAGAAUAUGUAAAAAUGUUAAAAGAUAUGAUCCAUAAAUCAAGCAACUUCCCCACAUUGAUUUCAAAUGUUAAUAGUGCUAUUGAUGAAGUGGAGAAAUCAUUAUUAAAUAUUAAAAAGGCUAUUGCUGUAUUGGAAUUGGAAAAAAAAGUUGAAAUAAAAUCAACUGCAGGAAAUGCGAAAUUAGUAUUGAAUAUGAAAAAAGUAUUAUCAGAAUUAUAUAAUAAAAAUUUUGAGUUACUGAUACAAAAAGAAAAUAGAUUGCUUGAAUUGAAGAGUCAAAUAAAAGAAUUUAAUGCCACAUAUAAUAUAUCUAAGGAGAAACAGGAACUAGAUUGUUAUAUAAAAGAAUAUGAUUUGCUGAAAGCCAAAAAUAUACAUCUUAAAGAAAUGAUAUCUUUCAACAUUGAAAAUUAAAUUUAAAAUGCUCGUCACAUAAUUAAGAAGAUAAUACAUUGAUUUCACCAAACUUGUCAUUAAGGUCAUGGAUCACAGCAUGUAUUCAUUGCAAUUUAUAUUACUAUGCAUUGUGUCAAUAAAAGCGCUAUUUACAUAAUCAUUAAUCAUCAUUCAUUAUUCUCUUAU